AAACCAAGGUCCUCCGCCUCCGCAGAACUAUCCCCCUCAGCAACCACCUCGACCCGGUACUCAUUCUCAUCACGUCAUGAACAAGAGCCCUAACGCUAACAACCUCCCCCAGGCAUGCCCACCAUAAACUCCAACCAAUGGACCCACGGCCACCACUCCGCUCCUCCCCCUCCCCCGACCGCCCCGCAAGCCUUCGCCCACGGCGCCCCCGCGGGCUACACCUUCCAAUACAGCGCGUGCAACGGGCGGCGCAAAGCCCUGCUGAUCGGCAUCAACUACUUCGGCCAGCGCGGGCAGCUGAGAGGCUGCAUCAACGACGUGAAAAACAUGUCUACGUUUCUGAACGGGUAUUUCGGGUAUAAGAGGGAGGACAUGGUGAUUUUGACCGACGACCAGCAGAACCCUAUGAGUCAGCCGACCAAGGCGAAUAUCCUGCGGGCGAUGCAUUGGCUGGUCAAGGACGCAAGGCCGAAUGAUAGUUUGUUCUUCCAUUACUCGGGCCACGGCGGGCAAACCAAAGACACCGACGGCGACGAAGACGACGGCUACGACGAGGUCAUCUACCCCGUCGACUUCCGCACCGCCGGCCACAUUGUCGACGACGAAAUGCACCGCAUCAUGGUCUCGCCCCUGGCCCCGGGCGUCCGCCUCACCGCCAUCUUCGACUCGUGCCACUCCGGCUCCGCCCUCGACCUCCCCUACAUCUACAGCACGCAGGGCGUGCUCAAGGAACCGAAUCUGGCAAAGGAGGCCGGCAUGGGCCUCCUGGGCAUCGUGUCGAGUUAUGCGCGCAAGGACAUCGGCGGCAUGAUUAGCGGCGCGACAGGCUUGUUCAAGAAGGUCACGCAGGGCGAUGAGAGUCGGAAGAGGGCGUUGAGGACCAAGACGUCCCCCGCCGAUGUCAUCAUGUGGAGUGGUAGUAAGGAUACGCAAACUUCAGCCGACGCGUCCAUCCAGGGCGAGGCCACAGGCGCCAUGUCGUGGGCCUUCAUCAACAGUCUGAAGAAGAACCCCCAGCAGAGCUACGUGCAGCUGCUCAACAGCAUCCGCGACGAGCUCGAGGGCAAGUACACUCAGAAGCCCCAGUUGAGCAGUAGUCAUCCUUUGAGUAAGCCUUGCCCCGUGGAGAGCGAGAGGGUGGGAACAGGGCUAACAGCAGUAGAUACCGAUUUGUUGUAUGUUAUGUGA